CGACCUCUCGGAGUGGCGGCGCGGCUCCGGGCGCUCUCUUUCACCCACUUCUUUCUCCCCCCCCCUCUUCCCGGGGCGUGGUGUGUGUAUGUGUGUGUGUGUAGCCGCGCGCGGGUGUGUGUUUGUGUGUGCCCAAAUCACAUGGUGUUUUAAGAAAUGCUCCAAAGAUGGCGGUAGCGGCGGCCGGAGGCGGCGGCGGCCGGCUGCAGCGGAGCGGCGCGCUGGAAGUUUUGGUGCGCGACCGGUGGCACCGGGUGUUGGUGACCCUGGGCGGCGAGGCGCUGGUGCUGAGCGGCGAAGAAGGCGGAGGCGCCGCCGCGGCUUACAACGGCAUCGGGGCAGCCUCGGCGGGCAAUGGAACUUUCUGCGGCAGAGGAGCCGGCGGUGGGGCGUCGAGGGUGGCCGCCUUCUCCUCCUGUCCCCUGCCCGGCGCUGGCUCGCCCGAGUCGCCGUCGGAGAGCAGCUACAACAGCAGCGGCAACAACAACGGCGGGAGCCCCAAGGCGGCGCUCGGAGUCCGGACGGCGCUGACCGACUUGCCCGAACAAGUGCCCGAAGCCGUCUCCAACCAGAAGCGGUGCGUCAAGGUGUUGAAGCAGGAGAUGGGCGGCUUGGGCAUCAGCAUCAAAGGGGGCAAAGAGAACAAGAUGCCCAUCCUCAUCAGCAAGAUCUUCAAGGGCUUGGCCGCCGACCAGACCCAGGCGCUCUACGUCGGCGAUGCCAUCCUUACCGUCAACGGCGCGGAUUUGCGCGAUGCCACCCACGACGAAGCCGUGCAGGCGCUCAAGAGGGCCGGCAAGGAGGUCGUGCUGGAAGUGAAAUACAUGCGAGAAGCCACCCCUUAUGUGAAGAAAGGUUCUCCUAUUUCGGAAAUUGGAUGGGAAACUCCUCCUCCCGAGUCCCCCCGUUUGGGCAACCCAACCAUCGAUCCCCUGUUGCCGCUGUCUCUCAAUAUCUACCGAGACAAAAGGACCAUCCCACUCAAAAUGUGCUACGUGACGCGGAACAUGGCUAUGUUAGAUCCAGAAAACAGGAUUGUUGAAGUUCAUUCACCGGAUGCCAAGCACAUUUUGGUGCUAAGGAGUAAAGAUGCGAGCACCGCCCAGGCCUGGUUCUAUGCCAUCCACUCUUGCAUCAGCGAGCUCAUUCCCAGAGCGAUCUCAGAGGUCAAAGAUCAACUGGGUAAAGCAGGAAUAGCCGGAAGCCGAGAAAUUAGGCACUUGGGUUGGCUGGCAGAAAAGGUGCUGGGAGAGAAUGAGAAACCUUGGAAAGCUGUAUUGGUUGCCUUGACGGAGAAGGACCUCUUGAUGUUUGAAAGCAUGCCACGCAUCAAGGAAGCUUGGUUUACUCCACUGCAUUCCUACCCUCUCUUAGCUACCAGGUUGGUACAUUCGGGACCCGGGAAGGGCUCUCCACAGUCUGGCGUAGAUUUGUCGUUUGCCACUCGAACAGGCACACAACAAGGGAUUGAGAGCCAUCUUUUCAAAACCGAGACUAGCAGAGACCUUUCACUGUGGACCCGGAGCCUAGUUCAAGGUUGCCACAACGCCGCUGAGCUCUCUGUGGAAGUCACAACCGCUUGCAUGUACAAAAACCAGGAGUGCCGUUUGACCAUCCAUUAUGACCAUGGAUUUUCCCUCAUCACCGAACCCCAAGUUGGUGCCUUUCCCAAAACCAUCUUCCAGUAUCCCUACGAGAAGCUAAAAUCAUCUUCAGAUGAUGGGAUUCGGCUGCUCUAUUUGGACUUUGGAGGGAAGGAAGGUGAAAUUCAACUGGACCUUCAUUCCUGUCCAAAGCCGAUUGUAUUCAUCAUUCAUUCAUUCCUUUUUGCCAAGAUUACAAGACUUGGAUUGGUAGCAUAAAUUCUGUCUGUCAUUGGCAAGAACAAAAAAAACGAACAAAGUGGAACUACUCGAGUCCAACUCUCCCAACAUGUUGUCAACACUGGGAGCUACUAGGAGAACAUGUGAACUCUUCUGCAAAUGACCUGAAGUUCAAAUAUGGGGCAAAGUCAAUGUUUUGAUCAAAUAAAAUAAUAGGGCUCUGAAGAAUAAGAGUCAUCGACUAAAACAUAUGUUGCAAGGGAAACAACAUUGAUUGCUCUGAAUAAAGUCAACAUUGAGUAAUUAAGAAGUAAGAGAUGAAUGCUGUAUGAUGACGUUUCAUACUCAUAAGUGUGCCUCUAUGUAUGAUUUUAGAGCAGUCCGCUCCAUCUUGGGUUUUGAGAAUGCCAGGGCUUCCCUAGAAGAUUCAGCAAUUUUUCAAUGAAAAGAUCGGUGAUGGUAGAGUAGCUUCUGUGAAUGCAAAGUUUUUCCCUUCUCCCCUUUAUCGUUUCCCCCAUCCUUUAAAAUCUACUCUGUAUUUACCUCUAGUAGAUCGGGCUCUUUUUGUAAACUGGUAACAUAUUCCAAAUCCUUUGCAAACUGCAGAGAAACUGUUGUGGAUAGAAAUCCCAGAGAGUAGGAAAUUUGAAAGCCACUAAAAAGUAAAAGCUAAGUAGAGAGUUACCAUCAAAAAUAAGGGUUUUAAAAAUGAACUCUAUGUACUUUAGAUUCCCCCCCCCCCCUCUCACUAAACUAUAUUUCGGUUUUCAAAAAGCACAAAAGAAAAUAUCUAUGUGCAAGAUAGUGAUUUGGUUGUUUGAGAGAUGAGGUGGAUGUGCAAUCCACUCUAAUUUUUUCCCCCAUUAAUAAGCAUAGCAAUCUGUAUGGGCAGAGCUCAAGUUGCUGUAUUUCCCAGUCUUGGCAACUUUAAGACACAUAGGUUUCAACUCCCAGAAUUCCCUGGGGCUGGGGAAUUCUGGGAGUUGAAGUCCAGUUGUCUUAAAGAUGUCAAGUUUGGGAAAUCCUGCUGUAGACAGACUUAGUUUGCUGACUGAUUCAAUCCAGCCAUAAAAAGGAACUCUUGAGUGGGCACACUUGGAGCAAAAAAAAAUAUCGCUAGAUAGCACAGACAAAGGGUGUCAAACUGGCAGCCUGCAGGCCAGAUGUGUCACGUGCAGGCCACAUCUGCCCCGGCUCUGCAAUGGCAAAAAACAUUGUGAUAUGUUGCGAUACGUCACGUGACGUGGUCAAAUUUGACACCCGUGACGUACACCAUAGACUCAGGGCACAUUGGAGAAUUUGCUGGGGAAAAAAAACAAAGCUCAUUCAAAAUUGAUGACAUCCAAAUAACCUUAAGUUUUAUAAGAUUGCGAUUGUUCCGUUAACGAUUAUAACUUGUGAAGGGGGGAGGGAGGUGGAAUCUGGCGUACCCAAUGCAUUUUAAAACAUUACAGUGGAAGUACAGUAAAAGUGAUGGGAACGAUAAAACAUCUCGAAAAGAGGAAAUGCAUUUCAAAUUAGUCCCAAGUUGGCUGAACUUUUAGUUCGCAUGUGAUGUGGUCAGUGGAAUUUUGGCUCCCUCGUUUUAUGGCUUGCAAUUCCCUUGCGCUUUGCAACAAACCCAUCUGCAACAUUUGGCUCUCGGCCCUUCUAAGGCAAAGGAGAAGGUUUUGUAAUGAGGAAGAAGAUGGAAGCAGCUGCCAGGAGACAGAGGAGGAUGCUAAAGAAGUAUGGAUAGAGAGGAUACAGAAGCAAAGAAAAAACCAGAAAGCCCAGUUGCCUCUUGAAAAAGCACCUUUGGAUGCCCUUAACAAGGUUUAACUAGAAGAAUCCUGAAGCUGCUCAAGUCUUAACUGGUUGAGAUCUUAAAUUUUGUGUUGGGGUAGUUAAUAGGCAUCUGAACGUUGUGGUCUAUAGCUCUGAAACUUGGCGUAGGUUGAAACCUUAGCAGCAGCGCUUCAUCCUGGUGACUGGCAUUCACUGGAUUAAAACCCAAGUCACAUCAAGGAUCUUUUCUUUCCGCCUCAUUCUGGAGAACGAGGGCAAUCCCAUCACAGCAGCAGCAGACGGAAGGGCGGUUGAAGUGUCUUUUUAACACUGUUUUCAUAUGGUCUACAGAAAUAGAGUCUCCUUAAAGUUGCACUCAACUUCAUAGAUAACGUCCAUGUACUCUUCUUGGCUGCAAUAUGGAUAUACAGGUAGUCCUCGGCUUACGCCCAGGAGUACACAUGACCCUGUGAAGUUCUAAAGGCCACCGCCCCGGCAGUCACGUGACUGCACUUCAGGCACUUGGCAGUCAAGCCAUAAUUAAGGUCAUUUGCAGCAUCCCAUGAUCACAUGGCCAUGUUUUACAAUGCUUUUGCUGAAAACUGGCAUUCCAUUUUUAGCAAAACUGGCCCACAGCAAAACAUCGGUUCAAUUCACGAUAGUUGUGGUCACUAAACGGCCGCCAUAAAACAUAAAAUUGAGUCGGUCGUGUGGGUGACUCAUGUCACCAUCAUCAUGACUUAUAGUACUUAUGAUGAACAGGCUCCAUUACAGUCAUAAGUCAAGGAGUACCUGAACUGUUGUCUUCUCAAAUGCUUUCACCAGUCUGAUCUCCAGCAAUAGACCUUUCUUUGUGGUUUUUUUCCACCCAGGUACAAGCCAUGUCCAAUCCUGCUUUGCUUAAUAAUCGGCUAAAUGACUGUCAGAUACAUCAAUAUUAAAAGCUUAAUGUCUACAUCAAAAGGCCAAAAAACCCAUCCCCUUGUUUGCUAUAUGGAUGCCCAGAGACACAGAUUAAUGCAGUUGUGUUUUUUGUUUGUUUGUUUAUUGGCCAUAGUAAAUAAGUAUGUUUUUUAAGGUUGCUUAGAUAUAUGUGGUCAGUUGGGAAAAUGCUCCUGAAUUUUCAACCUGAAUCCAUGCUACUGGUUACAAAUAAAUAAAAUAAAUCGUUAUAAGGAUAGCAAAAACUGGAAGCAAAGUGUAAAUGCGUAAGUUAUGCUUGCUUUCAGCUGCAUUUGAAGAAAAUUCUCAGCAGCAUUAUAUAGUCCCUGAAGUAAUCAAUCUAGGUUUCAAGGUAAUUUGAUUGGGAGAAUAAAUAGGAUUCAUAAAGGCCGCCCUGCUAAUUCUUAAAUGCGAUUAAGGUAAACUUUGGAAUAUUUGAAAGGUUGGAAAUUUUUAAAACCCAAGAUUGAGCUGUUAACCAGCUAAGAUUUUACACACGGAGAAUUUUUUUGGGUAGUUCUAUAAAAUAACCGAUUGCCAUGGAAUAUCUUCCGUAUAAUUUCUUUCCUAGUAUUUAGUUAGUAAUAUAAAAUUAACUUAAUAAAAAGCUGCUUGAUUUUGAGCCUACAUUAUCACCAUGUGCCCAGUUUGUGCCUAAGCUUCAUUUUUAUUUCAUUUGGAGCUUUAAAUGUAUCUAUAUAUCUAUAUCUCCAUAUACAGAGGCGUCUCUACUUUAAAAUAAAUAUAUUUUUGCAGAUAUGGACUUUCCAUUGGUUUUUGUCUGUCCGUGAAUGGAUGACGUACAACAUUUUUGAUUUAAAUGGCAUUU